AUGAACCUGACCUCCAGCUCUACUCCUAUCCACUUCCUUAGCAACAGUGGCUCUUACCAGGAGUUGGCCAUAUUAUCUGACAGUGUUGGUGAGUGGCAGCAUAAUGUCAGUCAUGUCUCAAGACAAGGACGAAACUUCACUGAUUCAUCCUUCAACAGGACAUUAAUACUGCCAGCAGAGGGCUUUGACCCACUGGGAGGACAUACUAUCUGGCAGGUCAUCAUAAUUGUCUUCCUCACUGGAUCACUUUCUCUUGUCACUGUUGUUGGCAACAUCUUAGUGUUGGUGUCAUUCAAGAUCAAUAAGGCACUGAAGACAGUGAACAACUACUACCUCCUUAGCCUGGCAUUUGCUGACCUGACCAUUGGUACACUGUCAAUGAACCUAUAUACAACCUACAUCAUCAUGGAUCAGUGGGCUCUGGGGCCAGUGGUUUGUGACUUGUGGCUUGCAAUUGACUAUGUGGCCAGUAACGCCUCAGUCAUGAACCUUCUUGUCAUCAGCUUUGACAGGUAUUUCUCUGUAACCAGACCCUUGACCUACCGCGCCAAGCGUACAACCAAGCGGGCCAUGACCAUGAUUGGAUUAGCCUGGUCAAUCUCUUUCAUUCUGUGGGCCCCAGCUAUUCUGUUCUGGCAGUAUAUUGUAGGAGAGCGGACAGUCCAGCCAAACGAGUGCUACAUUCAGUUCUUGUCUGAGCCCAUCAUUACAUUCUGCACUGCUAUCGCUGCAUUCUAUUUGCCUGUGACUAUAAUGGCAAUCCUGUUUUGGAAGAUCUAUCAGGAGACAGAGAAGAGAGCUAAAGAUAUACAAGGUCUCAAGGGAUCUGGGGCAAGCAACAGUCCAAGUCAGGGUCAAAAUCAAAGUAGUGGUAGUGGAAGAGCUGCUGGAGGAGAAGGUGCAACUAACAGCCAAAAGAAUUCAUCAGGCAUGCUGCGCCAGAUGAGUUCCCAAAGCUGCAGCAGCUACGAACUAAAUCAGCCAGCUUCAGAGAAGAACAACAAUGCCAACAUACCAGGGGGAACAGGAUGCGGAGGGAGGUGUGGGACUUUCUGCUUUCAGUUUUCAUCACUGCUGCCAGGUCGCCAUGCAUCCAAGAGGUCUGUCAACACCACGUCAACUACACUGGGUGAGGCAGAGCAGAGCAGCUGUGAUAGUUUUAACAACAAUGAAGCUGAUGGUAAGAAAUCUGGGAAGGUGAAGAGAGACAAAGAGCCAUCGUCAUCCAGCAAAAGUCAAAGAGAGUCACAAUCAAACCCUGACCAGUCACCUGCAGCCAUCACCAUGAAAGAUGCAGCAAUGGCCAAACGCUUUGCCUCUAAGGCCAAGACAGAGAUUAGUAAGCGCAAGAAUGAAAAAAAGGCAAAUGAGAAGAAAGCAGCACGGACACUCAGUGCUAUCUUGUUUGCCUUCAUUAUGACAUGGUUACCAUAUAACAUCAUGGUGUUGGUCAACACUUUCUGUCAGGACUGUAUCCCUGAGACUCUUUGGGCACUGGGAUACUGGUUGUGUUACGUAAACAGCACAGUUAACCCCAUGUGCUAUGCUUUGUGCAACAAAACCUUUCGUACAACUUUCAGAGAUAUUCUGAUGUGUCAGUGGAAUCAAAAGAAGAACAAGUCUCAUUUUCACCAAAGGAAGGCUGUGGCUUUUCGGAAGAAAGAUCCAAUGUAGAAUACAGGGCAA